AUGGAAAACCAUACUACAGUGUAUGAAUUUGUUCUUGCUGGAUUCAGUGACUCUUCAAAACUGCAGAUCCCUCUCUUUACAUUCUUCUUUGUGAUAUAUUUUACCACCUUAAUUGCUAAUCUUGGAAUGGUACUUUUAAUUAAGAUUGACCCUCAACUUCAUACCCCCAUGUACUUCUUCCUUAGCCAUUUGUCCUUUGUAGAUUUCUGCUACUCCACUGUUGUCACCCCCAAGAUGCUGACAGACUUUUUUAUGAGAAGAAAAAUUAUUUCAUUAACAGGGUGUGCUGUACAAAUGUGGUUUUUUAUUUUCUUUUUAGCUGCUGAGUGUUUCCUCUUAGCUGCCAUGGCAUACGAUCGGUAUAUUGCCAUUUCCAAUCCUCUGAUGUAUUCAGCAGUUAUGUCACAAAAGGUUUGUUCCCAGUUGGUGGUCCUGCCCUAUCUUGUUGGACUGUUGAAUGCCACAACACAUACAACUUUAACUUUUCAGUUGUCCUUCUGUAACAACAACAUAAUCAACCAUUUCUUUUGUGACAUUCCUGCAGUUAUAACACUCUCAUGUUCAAAUACAAGAGUCCACAAAAGGUUACUUUUUGUUCUAUCUUUUGCUUUUGGCAUUGUGGACAUAGCCAUUAUCAUUGUCUCCUAUAUUUAUAUUCUCAGUGCCAUUCUCAGAAUCCGCUCCAGUGCAGGCAGGCACAAAGCUUUCUCUACCUGCUCAACUCACCUCACGGUUGUGACUAUCUUCUAUGGAACCCUCUUUUUUACAUAUGUGCGUCCCAACUUCAGCUCAUCAACCCAGGAGGACAAGGUGGUCUCCAUGCUCUACACAGUGAUGAUCCCCAUGCUGAACCCCUUGAUAUAUAGCCUGAGGAACAAAGAGGUGAAAGAUGCAGUGAGGAGGUUGUUUAGGGGGAAAAGCUUACUGUAG